AUGAUGCCGGCUGCUGAUCCAGAGGGGCUGUCAGCUCUUCCCAAUCUCAUGGAUACCCUAUUCAAGGCGCCACCAGCAGCCAGUGCAGCCCCAGAGUUGCCGAAAUCUAGGAUUGGCCUUCAAAAGGCCAGUUUGCUCACCUUCCAGUCAUGGAGUGAUCGAAAGCCGGGAUUGGUUGGUAUGAUUUUCGGGGAGAAUGGAAAACAAAAAUGUCAGUCUCAUUUCCUGGUGGUAUCUAAAUCUUUGGGCAACAUUUGGAACAGUACCAAGACGAAGCAACUGAUGGACGAGGAGAAAGUGGCUUGCUUGGGGAUAGUUCUGGCUGGCUCCCCCGACGAUGAAAGCACUGGUUGGCGGGAUACUAGGCGUGCUUGGUGUUCCGUGGACAAAGACGAGCCUGGCCAGUUCAAUGUUUUCCAGAAGGUAGAGGAGAAGGGUGAAGAGGACAAGCACAUCGAAGUUAGCCCCAGGUGGACGCACUCAACAGCUAAAAUGGUAGGAAACAUUUGUCACGUGGAGGAUCUAUUCACGACAAAUCGGGAAAAGUUUUACAAAGAAGUUUGUAAAACACUUCUGUCUACAAGCAGUGGACCAGCCGCACAAAUCAAGAAAGUCCCUUUUCAGAUCGCAAGAGUGGCUGGAGAUGGCAAAUGUGGUUUUCGGAGUCUUAGUCUUGUUUACCAAAUACGUUUUAUUUAUGCGAUUUCCAUGGGGUUGUCGCUGUGGUAUGUAUAUAUAUAUAUAUAUGGAUGGUUUUGCUUUCCUAUGAGCCUCUCAAUGAUCUUAUAUUUGCGCUGA